ACCAAAAUUCCUUAAAAUGUUUGGUCUACAAAAGCCCCCUACUUUGGAAAAGUUUCGAGAACAUCGAUUGAAGGCCACUCCGCUGUAAUAGGUCGUGGCUUACGUGCAAUGGCUCUUAAGUGCACGGAAAUAAGUUGCAAAAGUGUGUCAUUAUUUCUGGACCGCCUGUUACAAAAGGAGGGCUACAGCCCAACGUGAUUAGAGCCUCGCCUGACAGCAAAAAUCCUUUGUUCAGUCCAAACCAGAGGUGGAUAAGUUCAACAGAAAUUUGUUUAUCAGGUGGAGUCCAAGUUCGAGUCGAACUUCUUCAUAGCAGUUUCUGCACUAUACAAUACGUCAUAAUCAUAUAUGACGGGUAAAUACAUUUUAUUCAUACACUGACACAUGUUUGACAAAAAAGAUUAAUAACUUAGGUAUCAGAUAAUACUCAUUCCAUUGGUGAAUAUAAAAGAUUCUAACUCGUUGGGCUUCAAACGAACCUGAUAAAAAAAAUCCCCAAGUUCAAGUCGGUCAAAAAUAAUUUCAAGUCCAGAGUUGGACUCAGCCACCUCUGAUCCAAAUCACUUUAAUCUGCCUAUCAAUUCUGACAUGAGUCCAGUUUCCUUUGAGAUGACCUGAAAAAAGAUAGAAACUUCUUUGUCUUAGAAUAUUCGAAGGCAUGUGGAUAACCCCAUCUUCAGUUUAUAAAAAUUUCUCAAAAUUUAUUUAGUCCAGCCAAAAGUAUAUUCUAAAAUAUUCUCAAAAAUGAGAUCUUUCCUAAUCUCUUUACGACUUUCCGUUCUAGGCAUAUAAAUUUUCAGUCUAAAACAGAAGCAAUAUUUUACCACUUUCAUUAAUUUUGAUUUUUUUCCGGUCACUGGAAAUUGUUUCUAGUACUUGGGUGGGCGAGCAAUCUGUUAGACUCUUCAUAUUUUCUUGCUAAAAUGAAGACAAAGCCUCAGCAAUAAAACUUUAACCGAAUUUUUAACAGAUAAGGUUUUGUUGGCGUAGGUCCAUGUGCAGUAAAGAACCAUGCUUUCCAUAAACCCUAUCAGAAAUGAGUUGAGAGGUCUUAGGAAAAACAUACCGGUUUGAUUUUUUGAGCACAAACACUUUUUUUUUGUCUUUUAAUUUCAAGUCCCUUGGAUUUAUCUUUCGACCCUGAGAAGUUAAAAAAUCAGAGUGGAAGAUACCUUUAAUCGAGCUGUAUUAAAUCGAUUAAUUGGUUAAAUAAUCAGAUUAGUGUAUACAAAAAGGAUCAAGGAAUUUAUAAGCACGCUUUAAAGUAAGAGGAAAACAGGAAAGAUGAAUAUACCAAAAUGGGCAACAGAAAAAUGUCCUGCUACUUCGCCGCAGUACGCUAUAGUGAAUGAGCUAACACAAGUCUAAACGGUUCUUGUUGAGCUCCUGGGCCAACACAUAUUAAUCUAGGUUAAGUUUCCAGCUGCGACUUCGACUGAACACAGAAAAUAGCGUAAAUUCUUGUUUUUAUCAUCUAGACUUGCAUGCACUCAAGAAAAGCAAAAUCACGCUCGGUUACAGCAGCAAGAACAGAUAAUGAAUCAGCAGUUGCAGACAAAACAGAAAGAGUUGAGAGAAGAAGAACAGCGAAAAGCAGAAUUAGAGCGUCAGAUAACUGCUCUAAACAAUGAAAUUACAAAUCUGCAACAGCAAUUAGCUCGUUUAACAAACGAACGGGACCAAUGUGCAGCUCAAUUAAAGCAAGAACAAGAAAAGUUAAAACAGUUUGAAAAUGAAUUGAAGACUGAAGAGCAGAACCAAGUAAAAGCUGAACAAGAAGUCCAAAAGCAACAACAAAUUGUUCAGACAAAUGAGCAAAAACUGCGCGAAUGUCGGUCUAGAGAACAGGCGGCCAAAGCCGCGGAACAACAAGCUAAAAUGGACGAGACUACGGCACAAAUGAAUUUAACAGCGGCUCAAGCAGAAUUAUCAGCUGCUCAGGCUGAAUUAAUCGCUGCUUCAGCUGCAUCCUUGGCAAAUCCGAGUGCCGUAGCCGUGGCACAAGCUCGUGUUACGCAAUGCCAAGCAAAAAUGACUCAAUGUCAAACUAUCUUUCAGCAGCGUCAGCAAAUGCAUCAAAUGAAAAGUCGUGAACAUCAAGUAGCUCAACAAAAACGAACACAAGCUGAAACUCAAUUACAGCAAGAACGAACUACGUUAAGAACAAAAGAGCAAGAAUUACAAGCGCAAAAACAGAAAGUGACAACUACCAAAGAAAGCGUUGCACUGCAAAAAACCUGUGUAGAAAACGCUCAGAAGCGAUUAAACGAUGUAACAAAUCAAUGUAAAACUGUCGAUCGCGAAUUGAAAGAUCGAGAGAAACAGCAUAGACAAGAGCAGACUAAGCUUGAAACCCAAAAUCAACGUUUGCAACUCAUUAAAACUGAUUUACAAAAUUUAGAAACGAAAAAACAUGACACUGUAAAACAAAAAAUUGAGGCGCAAAAAGCCAUUGAACAAUUAACGCAAAAACAUGGUGAUACGGAGCAGCAACGUGAGCGGAAAGCACAAGAAAUUCAAAUUCAAACAACAAAGCAAGAACAAGUGCGAACACAAAUGCAAGCAAAUAAAGCCGAUCGCCAGAAACAUCGCCAAGCGUUGCAAGAACAAGAACGGCAGUUGAAUCGAGCUGAAAAUGAGAUUGAAAACAUUCAAGAAAAUAUUGUUAUGUGUGAAAAAUCCGUCCGUGAAUUAGAAAACGAUAAGAUUGAACAACAGAAAUUAUUGCGUUCCUCGCAGCAACAAAAAUUAAAACUAGAACAGGAAAGUGCAAAAUUAGAUGCAACACUGAGUACGCUUCAACGAGAGAAGCAGACGCAUGAAAACGAUAAAAAACGUCUCGAGAAAGAUCUAGAAGCACGAAAGCGGACAUUGAACGAUAAACAACAAGAAAUCAGUAGUGUUCAAUAUCAAUUAGAUCAGAAGCAACAAGAAUUAGUUGGAAAAAAAGCAGAACAUCAGCAUCGUCAACAACAAUUAGAGUCAAUCAAAGCAUCACUGACAGAGAAUCGACGCAAAAUUCGCUCCGUCGUAGGAAAAAUUCGGGAUUUAAAUCGUGACGUUCAACGACAGGAACAUAUCAAACAGAUCGCUGAACAAAAAGUUAACCAAGCAAAUAAUGAGUUUAAACGCAUUGAAAAAGAGCUAGACCGGCUGAAUAAGAACGUCGAUGAUAAGCAGCGUGCUUGCGAUAGUGUGAAACAGCAACAGUCUGAUCAGUUACGAAAUAUCGAGCAAAAAUCAAACACCAAAAGAGAUUGCGAUCGUCAACUUGAAAGUGCGAAUAAUAUGAAAAUGAAUUUAAGACAAAAAAUUAAUCAAAAUGCAAUCAAAACAGCUGAGUUCCAAAAGAAAAAGAAUGUAAUAUUAAGUAGACCUCAUAUUUCACAAAAACGCAAAGAAAAUGUGGUUUACAAAAAAGCUACGUAA